UGAUGUCGUACUACAAGCCUUUUUAUCAAAGUGCCUACGACCGCACAGUCCCUGUUUAUCCAACAAGUUAAUAUGCUCCUUCAUACUACGGUCCUUAUGAUCGUCCAUACUCAUAUUAAUCAAGAGCUCCAUUAAGAGGCGAAUAAUGGUCUGAAUAUAUUCCUGUAGAGUAGAGAUAUACAGACUAUGUACCAGAGACAAAGGUUGAAUAUCGACCUGUUGAGAAAUCAUACACUGAUUACAUAGAAGGUUUAAAAAAUAAAUUGAUGUUAUUUAGUUAAGCAUGAGACAGACUAUGUACCAGUUCCUAGACUAGAAAAAAGAGUGGAAUAUAUUCCAGUUGAUCGAUAUGAUGAACAUGUGGAUUAUGUUCCAGUAUAGAAUAGCCAAGUAGUGAGAGGACCUUAAAGUAGAGUUGGUUAUGGAAGUUAAUCAUAAUAUUUUUCACCACCUCCACCUGCUCCAACAUCAUAUUCAAAUUAUAGAUAUAGUCCAAGUAGAGUUAGUGGAUAUCGUCCAGCAACAGGUUAUGGCUACAGAUACCUUUGAUU